AUGCUCAGAUUAUCGUGUUCCAGACUCUUGAAGGGCUCCAGAGCUUCUGCUUUCCCACUCAGAGUCCCAUCUCUUGUCGCCCAGGCUCAGUGGAGACAGUAUUCAGCUGCCCCAGCCUUGACCAAAGACAUAAUCCAAGAGAGAAUAGUCGAAUUGUUUGAGUCUUACGACAAGACUGCAGGAAAGGAGAUUUUGCCUUCUUCUUCAUUUACCAGAGACCUUGGAUUGGACUCGCUUGACACUGUUGAGGUGGUGAUGGAGAUUGAGAAUGAAUUCUCUAUUAUUAUACCAGAUCAUGAGGCUGAUGAGAUAAAGACCGUCCAGCAGGCGAUCGACUUCAUUGCUUCUCAGGAUGAUGCUUGUUAA